UAAAACAAAUUAAAAUAAAAACACCCACUUUUCAUGGAAGAUCCACUGAUCAAAUAAGAGCUUCUUCUCCAAUAAAUCUAUUUUCAGUUUCUUCCAAAUCUUCAAAACAAUGUCUUUUUCAGCGCCCAAAAAACAUAAUCUUUUCUUAUUAUCUCUUGUAAUUCUCUGGUAUUCUUCCAACAUCGGUGUUCUUUUACUCAACAAGUACUUACUCUCCAAUUAUGGCUUCAGGUUCCCAAUCUUCCUUACAAUGUGUCACAUGUCAGCUUGUGCAAUUCUCAGUUAUUUCUCCAUUGCUUUUCUCAAAAUUGUUCCCCUACAACCCAUUAAAUCAAAAUCUCAAUUUCUCAAGAUUGCAACUUUAAGUACCGUGUUUUGUGGGUCUGUUGUGGGUGGCAAUAUAUCGCUUAGAUUUCUUCCUGUUUCGUUUAAUCAAGCUGUGGGUGCUACGACACCCUUUUUCACUGCUUUGUUUGCUUAUUUGAUGACCCUUAAGAGGGAGGCGUGGGUUACCUAUGCUGCCCUUGUGCCUGUUGUUGCUGGUGUUGUCAUUGCUAGUGGGGGUGAGCCAGGUUUUCAUUUAUAUGGAUUUAUAAUGUGCAUUAGUGCAACUGCGGCAAGGGCCUUUAAGUCUGUUCUUCAGGGUAUCCUGCUUUCUUCUGAAGGAGAAAAGUUGAACUCAAUGAAUUUGAUGCUGUACAUGUCCCCAAUUGCAGUGAUAGUUUUAUUGCCCACAGCACUAGUAAUGGAGCCCAAUGUGUUAGAGGUCACUUUGUCCCUUGCAAAACAACACAAAUUUUUGUGGCUGCUUCUUAUCAUUAAUUCAUCAAUGGCCUACUCAGCAAACUUGCUAAACUUUUUGGUGACAAAACAUACAAGUGCACUAACGCUUCAGGUAUUGGGCAAUGCAAAGGGUGCUGUGGCUGUUGUAAUCUCAAUACUCCUGUUCAGAAACCCUGUGACGUUCAUCGGAAUUGCUGGUUACACAAUGACGGUUAUGGGGGUGGCUGCAUAUGGAGAAGCAAAGCGGCGAUUUAGGUGAACAGUGAACAUUCACUGGUUGCAGAAGUUUGAUUGUUUUGUUGUGAUGAAGAGGAUAGCCAAGUAAAGGGAGAGGGGAGGGGAGAAGAGUACCAUUUUUAUAAAAUGUACACAAACUUAUAUGCCUUUGUUUUGCAUUCUAUUCUAUUCUAUUCUAUCUUCUUUGAUUCAGAGGCUCUAUUGAAUUCGUAAGAGCAAAGAAUAACCAUAUUACAGGCAAGGGAGUUGAUAGUGUCCAAGUGAUCUUGUUUAAUUUGUAGUUCAAAAAUUAAUUAUUAUAAUUUAAGAUAUUAUCUAAAAUCUCAAAUAAAAGUGGUUAAUUGUUUUUGCU